AUGGCAGCCAAGAAUGUCGAGGCAGGUCGACGUUCAUUUGCAGAAUUGGUCUCGGUGGUUCUGCAACCACUUCCAGAAUUAUCGGUGCCUCAUCGCGGGCCAAAGUAUGUGGAUGUAGAAAUAUGUUUUCAAUUCACUAAGGAGGAAAUUGCUCGAUCUGCGGAGCCUUUUCGUUUUUCUGUUGUGUUGAAAUUCCUAAGACAGAGACCCUCGUUGGAUGUGAUUCGGUCGUUUAUACAUCUCCGCUGGGGAUUAUCUUGCAUGCCGAUGGUUACAGCUAUGCGGAGACCAAGAAAUGUUUUCAUUCGAAUGACAUAUGAGCAAGAUUUCUUGGAAGCUAUUUCUCUGGAAGCUUGUGAGGUGAAUGGGGUUCAGUAUCGUGUUUUUCAUUGGAAGCCAGAUUUUAAUGAAGAUGAGGAGCCGUCGUUGGUCCCAGUUUGGAUUGUGCUGCCGGGUCUUCCGCCAAAUUUUUAUCAUGAAUCUUUUCUAAAGAUUUUCACUGCUCCGAUUGGUCGAUACAUUAGAAGAGAUAAUCCAACAAAAUGUGCAACUCGCACAAAUGGAGCACGUUUAUGCUUGGAGAUGGAUGCUUCAAAAAAACCUAUUUCUUAUUUUUGGAUUGGGAUGCCAGGGUUGGGACGUAAACAGGAAAUUCUUUAUGAGACGCUUCCAACCUUUUGUAUAAAUUGUAAAGUUCAAGGGCAUAAUGCACAUACCUGUAAUUUAAAGAAUCAGAAAGAUGGAGAAAAGAUUUGGAUGCGAAAGAAUGUAAAGGAUAUUGAAGAAAAAAAAAACAGAGCUACAAGCAGAAAUAAAUGUGGAGUUGGAUAA